UUUGUGCUGGUUCUUUUUUGUUGAGAUUAUUUCAAAUUUGAACUCCAUAUCUUCAAUAUUGCACUCAUCAAAGCUUCCAUGUCUUCGUUUUUCCAUCUUUUUCUUAUUCGCUUGGUGUUAGGGUUGUCUAACUUCAACUUCAUUGCAACCGCUUCACUGCCUCCGGUGUCUCUUCCCCCUGAGCUCAUAAUCGAAAUCCUAUCUCUCCUUGAUGUGAAAAACAUACAGCGAUUCAGGUGCGUAAGCAAACUAUGGAACUUUCUCAUUUCCGAUUCAUCUUUCAUCAAAAUGCACUUAAAAAAAUCGUCACGAAACCCUCACUUCAUAUUAUCAGCUAAGGAACACUCUCUAUAUAAUUUUGUAUUGUUACCAAUGCGUUGUUUACUAGAGAAUCCAUCGAUAAAUGUUUCCGGAGAAAUUUUCCAAAGUCCUACACAUGGAAUUAGUCAGGUUGUUGGUUCAUGCAAUGGAUUGAUCUGCGUGCUUUUCAAUUCUGUCUCGAGUUUUAAAUCCAAGUUCACAUUUUGUUUCUGGAACCCUGCAACAAGGAAAAUAUCUAAAAAGUUAGGUAUUUUUUACGACUAUGAGCCCUUAAUAGAUCCUUUCAAGUUUUGUUUCGGUUGUGAUUAUAUAACCGGAGAUUACAAGGUAGUGGGACUUCGGGUAGAAAGAAAAAAUCAAGAUCUAUGGAUAAGCAAGGUGAGAGUUUUUAGUUUGGGUGAUAAUUGUUGGCAAGAGAUUCAAAGUUUUCCUUUUGUUCCUCUUAUGCGGAGUGACGGUGUGCAUUUCAAUGGAACUGUUAACUGGUUAUCUAUUCAUGGUGCUUACAUAUCAAUGUCUGAUAUUGAAAUAUUCAGAACUUCAAUGGUUGAUGUUAAACAAUUUAUGAUCGUUUCGCUUGAUCUUUCGACAAAGACAUACACACAGAUUUUGCUUCCCGAGGGUUUUAUUGAGGCGUCGUGCGUUGAGCCAUCUCUCAGAGUUAUGAUGGAUUGUCUUUGUUUUUCGCACGAUUUUAAGAGGACUCAAUUCGUUAUAUGGCAGAUGAAGGAGUUCGGAGUUCCAGAGUCGUGGACUCAGUUAUUUAGAAUUGAAUACUUUCAUCUUGGAGUGAAUAACCCUCAAAUGGAGAAUGGUUUGUUUUUUGUUGGAUUCUUUAAAUUUGAAACUCCAUUAUUACCAUUGUCCAUUUCUAAGGAUGGAAAUACCUUGAUAUUGGCACAUGAUGAAGUUGAUGGAGCAAUUAUCUAUAAUAAAGGGGAUAAGAGAGUAAAGAGAACUAGAAUUUCCAAUGAUAUAUGCUUGUUCUCUUCUAUUGAUUAUGUUGAAAGCUUGGUUUCGAUUCCUUGGAAGUCUGGAGAUGAAAAUGAAGAUGAAAAUGAAAAUGAAGAAGAAUACUUUCUAUGGCAGAUUGAGGAUUUACUGGUUGAAAUAGAUCGUCAGAUUAAUAGCGGCAUAGAUUUGUACUAAAUUAUGAAUGGUCUUCUUUUUGAGGGAUUUAAAACAUGAUCUUCUUUCUUCAUGGAUUUUUUUUAGGUUGAAGUUAAUGUAUGACAUAAUAAAUUCCUGUCUUAUUGCUCUGUGAGUGGUAGUAUUGUUAUUUCUUUGAAUAUUGUGGCAUGUAGGUGUCACUAAUUCUAAACACAU